GGUACAGUCACGUCGCCAUGGCGAGCCGAAGAACUUCGCAACCAAGCAAAGACAAUGGGGACAAAUAUUCUGUAUUAUUACCCACCUACAACGAGAGAGAAAACCUUCCAUUGAUAGUUUGGCUUUUGGUGAAAUAUUUCGGUGAAAGUGGAUACAACUACGAGAUUAUUGUAAUUGACGACGGAAGCCCAGACGGGACACUGGAGGUGGCUGAGCAGCUGCAGAAAAUAUAUGGAGAGGACAAGAUACUUCUGCGACCAAGGGCAAAGAAAUUAGGCUUGGGCACUGCCUACAUCCACGGCAUAAAGCACGCUACUGGCAACUACAUCAUCAUAAUGGAUGCUGAUCUUUCUCAUCAUCCCAAAUUUAUCCCAGAAUUUAUUGAAAAGCAGAAGGAAGGUAACUACGACCUGGUGUCUGGCACUCGAUACAGCGGGGAUGGAGGCGUAUACGGCUGGGACCUGCGUAGGAAAAUCAUCAGUCGGGGGGCAAAUUUUGUGACUCAAGUGCUGUUGAGACCCGGUGCUUCAGACCUCACUGGCAGCUUCAGGCUGUAUAAGAAGAAGGUGUUGGAGAGUCUGGUGGAGCGGUGCGUGUCUAAAGGCUACGUCUUUCAGAUGGAGAUGAUCGUCAGAGCCAGACAGCUCGACUACACUAUCGGAGAAGUGCCCAUCUCCUUCGUGGACCGAGUUUACGGCGAGUCCAAACUGGGAGGGAACGAGAUCGUGUCAUUCGUCAAAGGACUGCUCACACUCUUCGCCACCACAUGAUCAGUGACGCACCAGGAUUGGACGUCCCAUCGGUCAUGUAGCCAUUUGUUAAAGUUACUGUCUUUUUAAAAGCAGUAGUUGUAUCAGAAUUGUAAGGGAGGGACAGAGAGACAGGGAGACAUCUCUCUGCUCUGUUAGCUGUAAAUAGAAAAUAUAUCCGGGUCAGCAGCCAACUGCGGUACUGAAGGAACAACACAGUGCUUUACAUUCCCGUCAUCCUCCUUAAUGAAUUUAAACAAAGCACACGGUGUCUCAUCAUUCCCAAUCCAGACAGCUAACUGGCUCAGCUUUAACACCACUGUCAGAUGGGUUUAAGUACACAUUUAACUGCUACACAUGUGAUUGUUUGUAUAAAAUGAAUCAGAUUGUUUGUAUAAAAUUAAACACUUUACAUUGUU